CUGAUAGUAAGCCGACGUAGCCGCUGUUUAGCACCGUUGCUAGUAUGGCAACACUCAUUGGCCUAUUUUAAAGCAUUUUCCAGUUAAAACAAAAAGAAGGUUUCAUCUCAACGCCAGAAGGAACCGCUCUGCUGUGCGUUUUUUUGGAGAACUGAACACAUUCCGCCGACGGACUUUCCGCUUAUCCUUGUUGUACUACAGGGGACCGCUUUUGACAGCCAGUUUUGCGGUCUUUUACCGAUGAACUCUAUGAGGGAUCCAUUAAACAUAGACCAUCACCACCUAACAGGGACUAAACUUGCCUCCACACACACGGCUCUGGCGAUGGCCUCUAGUUUGCAGCCGCUGCAGCGGUCUGUGGACUCUAAACAUCGGCUAGAGGUGCACACGGUGUCGGACACGUCCAGUCCGGAGUCUGUCGAAAAAGAAAAGGUCCAAAAUAAAAACGACGACUCUUCAGACGACCCUAAAAAGAAGCGGCAGCGGCGGCAGAGGACUCACUUCACCAGCCAGCAGCUGCAGGAACUGGAGGCCACUUUCCAGCGGAAUCGCUAUCCGGACAUGAGCACAAGGGAAGAGAUUGCCGUGUGGACCAACCUCACAGAAGCCCGGGUCAGGGUUUGGUUCAAGAACCGGCGAGCCAAGUGGAGGAAACGGGAAAGAAACCAACAAGCCGAGCUUUGCAAAAACGGCUUCGGCCCGCAGUUCAAUGGACUCAUGCAGCCCUAUGAGGACAUGUACCCCAGCUACACAUACAACAACUGGGCCGCAAAGGGCCUCACGCCGGCUUCCUUAUCCACCAAAAGCUUCCCCUUCUUCAACUCCAUGAAUGUCAACCCCUUAUCCUCGCAGACCAUGUUCUCGCCGCCAAACUCCAUAUCCUCCAUGACUUCCAGCAUGGUGCCAUCGGCGGUGACCGGCGUACCAGGCUCCAGUCUCAACAGCCUCAAUAACUUGAACAACCUCAGUAACCCGUCUCUCAACUCGGGGGUGCCCACAUCGGCGUGCCCUUACGCGCCUCCGACCCCUCCUUAUGUGUACAGGGACACUUGUAACUCCAGCCUGGCCAGCCUGAGACUGAAAGCCAAGCAGCAUUCGAGUUUUGGAUACGCCAGUGUGCAGAAUCCGGCCACUAAUCUGAGUGCUUGCCAAUACGCCGUGGACAGACCAGUCUAAUACCUACCUGCACUGCAAAAAAUAACCACCUUAGCAAGUCAUUAGAGGCUAGCAGUGACGCUAAGUGUUAUUUUUCUGUAAAGGGAGCAAUGGCGGUGAGAUAAUUGUACUUUUUCAUGUGUUUCAGGAAAUGUCUUGAUCAUAUGGCAUUUUCUUGAUACUAGUUGGAGUGUGAUUUGCAUUAUUCUGAAUUUCAAGAUAUUGCCAAAUUUGCCAUGAACAUUUCCAGACAUAUCAAGAAACAAAUGAGAUUAUUCCAACGCAGGCUGUUGACACAUUUAUUUGGUGGGGGGUAUAAUUUUGAACGUGAUUACAAGUCCAACUGGCAUGUUAUGGUGGUCAUUUUUUGCAGUGUGGAUAAUCACAAACAGCCGGCCACAGGAACAAGAGACUACUACAACUACUUUUUCAUUUUUUCAAAAAGGGCACUAGAAGACUGAACCACUGAAACAAGCUCAACUCCAGGUCGGAGUCAAACGGAAACGGGAGAUUUUAGGUUGUUUAUUCCCCUUUGAUGAGUCCAGGCCUGCUUUACACUGUGCCACAGUAGAAGGCCUUUUUAAUUUUUCAUAGCUCGUCGUGAGGGUUUUUUUCUGGUGGAUUUUGGACGUUAAUUGUUGACUGAAAAGGUUGUAUAUAUUUGAAUUAUCAUCUCCUGUUUGUCGAGGCGAAUGCGCUAUAACUCUCCAGUCCUCCAGGUUCAAUUUAUCAACGCAUGUGGAAAAAAAACCCUAAAAAGGAAUCAUGUUUUGCUUGCAAACAAAAGGGAAUGUACAUACUAAAACGCACCAGUUGUGUGUUUCUAACAUAUUAUAAAUUUAUUAUUGUCUGUGUGAAUAUCGAUUUAGAAUAGCAAUUCUGGAUUUUAAAAGAAGCAUAAAAAUGUUCCUGACACAAAUUAUUUGGUUUUUGC